GUACUGAUAUAUAAUGCAUCUAUUCAGAGACGAAAUUGUCCCCGAGAUUGAGACCUCGGAUAAUGAGCAUCGUAGUUACGACAGUGAAGAGGACCAAAUUGUGAGAUUCGAGCGUAUGGCUGAAGACGCUCCACCUCUAGACAAUGAUUUUGAGACUGAAGACGCCCCACCAAUGGAUGCUCCCACUACCAGUAAGAAAAGAAAAGGGCGAGGUCCUACGAAAAACCUCAAAGUCACGGAACCAAUGCAUUUGGAAUACAAUGCAUUGGGUCAACCCUGCGGAAAAUGGCGUAGGCAAUAUGGAAAACAAGUGGGCCUAUGUAUCCGCAAGAUUUCCAUAUUGCACGCAUGGAACGAGGUUCCAGAGGGUUUGAAAAACUCUCUAUGGAAUGAUACUGUGAUGGGCUGGAAGGAAAAAGAAGCUACGGGGGAGUUUACCCCAAAAGGCAAUGUUGACGCAUUGCAUAUGGUCUUAGGGAAAGACCACAGUGGGCGGGUAGUCGGAAAAGGAGGCGUCCGCGUGGGGUUACAGAAGGCAUUCGGCAAAGAGUGUGUUGCUACUCAAUCCCGAACGGCACUGCGGGAAGAAGCAGCAACCCUCCGAGCGGAGAUUACGAAGGACGUUCUCGCGAAAAAUUAG